CGGGGAGGCGAGCCGGAUUAGCGCAGCGUCAGUGUCCUCUUUAGACGACAACAAACGGCGGGGGUGAUUGACAGAGCAGCGCGCAGGGCACAAACCGUUUGCACCUUGCUCGUCCUCUCCACUCAGCGUCAGCAUCAGCAUCUCGUCGCCUGAAUAUGUCUCUGUCCGGCUCGCAGACGCCAGAGGACGGACUCUAUGGCUCCUGGGUGGAGCUGGAGGAGCUGAUCGCAGCCGUGAGCCGCCGGGAGAGUCUGACGGCGCCGCAGGACACCCUCUCCUCCGCCCUGCAGGGGGAGCUGGAGAGGAUCCUCCUGGAGGCGCAGCUGGAGUGUGAGCGGAGCAGAGACAGUCCUCCACAGGCGGUGACCCCACAGUCCACUGGAUCCCCGAGACCCACUAGUGAGCAGGACAGUGACUGUAUCACCAUACAGGAGGAAGCCGAGCGGCGGCCGGACACCGACUGGGUGUGGGACUGGUCCAGCAGACCUGAAAACAUGCCCCCAAAAGAGUUCGUGUUCCAGCACCCGAAGCAGCCGAGCUCCCUCAGCGUUCGCAAGACGGAGGUGAUGAAGAGAGGCCUCUUCUCCUCCGACGUCCUCCUCAUCCUCGUGCCCUCGCUGCUGGCUUCGCACCUGCUCACGCUGGGAGUGGGGAUCUACAUAGGGAAGCGGCUGGCUGCUUCCACUACCAGCACGCUGUGACCUGCUGCGGGCCGGCGCCCCCGUUCGGCCAUUAAGGUCACCUCCGCCCUCUGUCGUUCCUGCUUCGUCGCGGGGCAACCGUAGGACCCUGCCCGUCUGUACUUCUGUCUGUAUGUCUGUCCACCCAGCCGGUCUCUCUCUCUCCCCCUCUGUCGGUGGGCGCGCGUCCCAGGGAUGGAUGGAUGCCAACCAGCGAGUCAAGCCGAGGCCGCUUUGACUCAUCUCAGUAGGGAGUAGCAGCGAUGUGACCCGGCGAAAGCGCUGCCGGAGAGGAGAGAUUGCUCAGAUUAGGCCUAAGGAGACAAAGAGAGUUUUGCCUGGCUAGAACCAUAAAUCCCUUUGAUAGGAGGAGAUGAAAACGCUUAGAUGGGAACAGUGUGUUGAGACAAAAUGAGAAAGAUAGCAUGUGAUAGCGUGUGAUAGCCUUUCCCCCGUCUACCGAAAGAGCAAAAUGUCUGUCAUUUGUCAAAAGUAAUAACUUUCUGUAAGACUGGGCUGCUGAACGGCUCCGCCCCGAUGCUGUAUCUAAUACAGAGCUGUAGCUGGUGGAGUGAAUGUAUGGGUCGGCUCUGGUUGUGCUGCUUGUCCCAAAAAAGAAAAAGAACAACAACAACUCAGCAUUUUUACGACAAAGACAAUCAUGACCCCAUUAAAAUUCACUCCUCAAAUUUGUAA